AUGCCCAAGCUGCUGGAGAAGGACCCUAGGUCUGGGCACGUCCCGACCGCAAUCGUGUCUGCGCAAUCGCCCGCUAUCCUCGCUUCCCAUGCUCCUCGAGGUUCCAUUUUAGACCAAAAUGGCAAGAUGACAAUGAAAGUCACCCAAGAAGAGGUCCCCAAAAACCAGCUUUGUCACAAGAGGACAAGACCACUUCCGAUCUCAACAGUCAAAUCAGCCAGGGACAAAGACAUAUGGCAUGUAAUCAAGGCAGGAAAAGAAACGACAAAACGUGAAAACAACACCAUCAAUGCGAGACAACGCAUGAGAUCCAAGUCAGCACCAGAUCCAGCCCGGCCAAUGUCAAUGCCAAUGCAGAAACAGCUACAGCCCGUCUCCAGCUGGCAGAACAGUAUCGAGUUGCGAAUGAGCGGAGAGCUGGACUAG